AAAGAGAAAAAAAAAGUUGAACACUAGAUCGCCGGCGUUUGCAACUUCCUGCGCAAUCGACGUCCGCUGCUGCUUAUUGGUGCUGCACAUUCGAGUUGCGCUGCUGCUUAUUGGAGCUGCGGGCGUGGGACGUGCUAUCAUCUGCCUGUGAGGGUGGAACCAUGGCACCACCUGCGCUGAAGGAAAGUCCGCUGCCAGAUACUCCAAUCUCGACUGUCUUGCUGGUCAUUGCACUGCACGCAGAAGCGGCUCCCCUGGUGGCAGAUUUGCGCCUCACCCAGGACUCACAGGCAGUAUUUCCUGAAGGUGUGCCGUGGGUAAAAUACUCUGGGACGUACGAGGGUCUCAAUGUGCACAUCGUUACCCCAGGAAAAGACGGCAUUCAUGGUUGUGACCCUGUUGGAACAGUGCCAGCAUCAUUGUUGACGUUUAAUAGUAUCCAAGUUCUGAAACCAGAUCUUAUUAUCAACUGCGGAACAGCGGGUGGCUUUCAAGCGAAAGGAGCUGCAAUAGCCGAUGUUUACCUGAUUUCAGAGACUGCUUUCCAUGAUAGAAGAAACUCUAUACCAGGGUAUCGUGAGUAUGGAGUCGGAGCCUUGGAAGCAACACCUGUGCCGAAACUAAUUUCCGCGCUCCAAUUGAAGACGGGUGUGUUGACAACUGGCGAUUCCCUUGACCACGUCCCAGAAGAUGUUGUAAUUAUGAAAGCCAACGAUGCCACAGUGAAGGACAUGGAGGGUGCUGCAAUCGCCUAUGUCGCACAUCUGUUAUCAGUGCCGUUGAUCAUGUUGAAGGGUGUUACCGACAUAGUUGACAGUCCAGCGGCCACAGAUGAGGAGUUUUUGGCAAACUUGAGUCUAACGGCACAUGCCAUCCAGCGAACGGUGUCUAAGGCUCUGCAGUUUAUAAGUGGCAAGAAACUUAGUGAUUUGCAAUGAUCUAAUGACCCCGUCCUUGGGACAUCCUGUGCGAGGAAAUUUCUGAAGAGGCCUAUACACAGUCUGUUUAUCAACCUGAUCUGCUGACAGCAUUUCCAGCUGCAUGAAGCUUCUGGUCCGGCUUCAAGUAUGAAUAUGUAAUAAUGUAAGCCCAUGUUCAUGGUCUUUACAUAAGCAAAUUUAGGACCUACAAUUUUUCUUGUACAGUGUCACAUGACACCUACAGUAGUGAUUUAGGAUCUUGUGGACCGCAGGCUCUGUCUAAGCAUGAGUGCUAGGCUUUCCCUCGUUAUUAGGCACGGUCAAGCAGAUUUUGCAGAUCGUCAUGAUAAAUACGAGAGGAAUCAAAUUGUGAACUUGUUCGGAAGAGGUCCGCUGAACCUCUCACCUGAUUAUCAAAUUUGAGGCUUCAGUACGACACUUUGUGCGAAAGUUUGCAGUUCGAUUGGAGUUGAAGACAAAUAUAUGACAGAUCUUACUUGGAGAAAUGUAGCGGACCUUUUACCUGAUAUAAUAUACUUUGAGCUCUGAUCCACA